GUUGCAAGUUUUGGAGCUUACCUUCUGUCAAGGAACAUAUUAACAGUGUCAUUUGCACCAAGAGACACUCAUGAAGCUCAAGUUCAAUUUGCUCUUGAACGUGGAGUUCCUGCCUUGAUUGGAGUUUUUGCUUCCAUUAGGCAACCUUACCCUUCAAGAGCCUUUGACAUGGCUCAUUGCUCUCGCUGCUUAAUUCCCUGGGCUGAAAAUGAAGGGCAAUACUUAAUCGAAGUGGAUCGAAUUCUUCGUCCGGGUGGGUACUGGGUUUUGUCAGGGCCACCAAUUAAUUGGGAAAAUCAUUGGAAAGGUUGGGAUAGAACACCUGAAGAUCUUAAUCAAGAACAGGCUAAGAUUGAGACAGUAGCCAAAAGUUUAUGCUGGAAAAAAUUGAUUCAGAAGGAUGAUCUUGCUAUUUGGCAAAAACCCACAAAUCAUAUUCACUGUAUAGCCAACAGAAAAGUGUUCAAGCAACCUUUCUUCUGCGAGUCACGAGAUCCUGAUAAGGCAUGGUACACCAAAAUGGAGACUUGUUUAACACCAUUGUCUGAGGUGUCCAACAUAAGAGACAUAGCAGGUGGGGAAUUACCAAAAUGGCCAGAAAGGUUGACUGCAAUUCCUCCAAGGAUUAGCAAUGGAAGCUUGGAGGGGAUCACAGCAGAGAUUUUUACCAAAAAUACAGAGUUAUGGAAGAAAAGAAUAGCACAUUACAGAACAAUUGACUAUCAACUAGCCGAGAAAGGGCGAUACCGUAAUUUACUUGAUAUGAAUGCUUACUUGGGAGGGUUUGCAGCUGCAUUAGUGGAUGAUCCUGUUUGGGUUAUGAAUGUUGUCCCUGUGGAAGCUGAGGUUAAUACUUUAGGGGCAAUUUAUGAACGUGGACUGAUUGGAACUUAUCAAAAUUGGUGUGAAGCCAUGUCUACUUAUCCAAGGACUUACGAUUUUAUUCAUGCCGAUUCGAUUUUCAGUUUAUAUAAGGACAGAUGUGAAAUGGAAGAUAUUCUGUUAGAAAUGGAUAGGAUUUUAAGGCCGGAAGGUAGUGUAAUAAUUCGAGAUGAUGUAGAUAUAUUGUUACAAGUCAAGAAAAUAGCAGAGGUGAUGCAAUGGAAUGCAAGAAUUGCAGACCAUGAAAGGAGUCCUCACGAAAGGGAGAAGAUUCUUUUUGCAGUUAAGGAGUAUUGGACCGCACCAGAUCCUGAACAGAAUCAAGGAGAAUCUAAUAAAUCUUCAUAGAGAUUAUCUUUCUCCGCUACAUUGUUCUGAAUAUUAUAAAUUCUUAAUCAGAGAUGAUUUUGUUUUUUGACAACCCAACCCAACCUUUUUCUUGGGACAAUACGAGGGUCAAAUACAUAGGUUGUUUAUAUUAAUGGAGUUUCUACACAUGCUUACAGUUA